CCCUGUAAACGUGCAAGGUGGCCCGGGGUGGAGUCAGUACUCAGCAGCUUCAGCCUUACUGACUGCGUGAGCUCAGCGUUUUGAUUCCCUGCCCUCUAGCUUCACUUCCAUCUGAAAAACGUCUUUAUCCUUGGAAAAGCCGUCCUUUAGAAAUACCCACACAUUUCUUUCGUCGAUAGCAGCUAAAAGAACGGCAGCAUGGGGGUCUUUGAGGAGAAAAAGGAAACAUGUGGGACCAUCUGCCUGAAAUACCUGCUGUUUGCUUUCAACUUUCUCUUUUGGUUGGCAGGGGGCGUUGUGAUGGCGGUGGGUGUUUGGACCUUGGUCCAGAAGAGCGACUACAUCAGCCUUCUCUCCUCCAAGACCUACGCUGCCUCCGCCUACAUACUGGUCCUGGCUGGAGUCAUCGUCAUGGUAACAGGCGUGCUGGGCUGCUGUGCCACCUUCAAGGAGCAGAAAAGGCUACUGAGAGUGUACUUCAUUCUGCUGCUGUGUAUCUUCCUGUUGGAGAUCCUGGCCGGUGUCCUUGCUUAUAUCUACUAUCAGCAGUUGAAUGAUGAGCUGAAGCAGAACCUAAAGAAGACCAUGACUGAGAAGUAUAAUCAAACAAACUACGAGCACAUCACCAAGGCUGUAGACAAGCUGCAGCAGGAGUUCAAGUGCUGUGGGAGCAACAGUUCAGCUGACUGGGCUGAGAGCGUCUAUAUUCGCUCUGGUGCAAAAGGCAGGAAGGUGCCUGACAGCUGCUGUAAGACCAUCACCAACAUGUGCGGUAUAAGGGACCACCCAUCCAACAUCUACAAGGUGGAGGGUGGUUGCAUCACUAAACUGGAGAAUUUCAUCUUGGACCACCUGAAGAUCAUUGGAGCCGUCGGUGUUGGGAUCGCUUGUGUACAGAUCAUCGGGAUGGUGUUUACAUGCUGCCUAUAUCGAAAUCUAAAGGCAGAGCCGUACUAAGAGAAGCAAAAGAAGAAAAAUGUGUGGGUGAAGGAGGUAACUUCAUCACCGCAUGCCAUACUCAAAUAGCCCAUAGGUUCUUUUCUUUGUCCUCCGCAUAGGGGAGGAUUUGUUUGGCAAGGGAUCAAAUUGGACAUCUGAGCAUCUCAUUUUGGUAAACAAAGGGUAGAAAAAAAACCCACUACAAGGUUUCUUGAAGUAAUUAGGCUCUCAAAUUGCACUCUCAGCUCCAUCUUCAAGAUCACAGCACUGUGAGAAAAAGCCUCAGAGAGAAACUGAUGAGAAUUUUAACUGAUUGUGUAAAUUAGUGUGAGACAGCCUCCUUGGGACUCAAACAUUGUAGUUUUCUUCCACUCGGAUUCCCUCAAUGUACUUUUAUAUGUGUAGACCAGGUGCUACACCCGAGAGUGGUGUAAGGAUCAGUGGAGUAAAACUGGCACUUUGCAGGAAAAUGUUAAUCCUGGUCACAGCAGCUUCUUUUCUCCAGCAGCAUAGCUUAACAAGCUCACCUCUGGGGCCCUCUUCAACUGCAGUAGUGUUUAGUUUCCACAUUAACAAGACAGUCCUGUAUUUUAGAUCUUUUUCUGUAAUGACCUUUAAACAUUGGAACUAACACACACACACAUAUAUAUAUAUAUAUAUAUAUAUAUAUGUAGAUCAUCUAUUUUCUUUUACAUAUGUACUUUCUUAUGAGCUGUUAAUAUUUUUGCCUUUAUUGCCUAAUCUCUCUCCUUACUGAGACGUGUCUGAUCAUGUUUUAAGUCUCCUAAGAACACAUUUUCUGCCAGAGUGAAGGUGAACAGGUUAGUGCCUUGCUCAGCGCCAUAACUGUGCCAUUUGAUGUCCUAACACCAGCCUUUAAAUGCAGUUUGACUAGUUUAGGUGUAAACACUGAUCUCAUUGAGGGGAGUUUGUGAUUAUGAGCAGUCGCACUGAUAUUGUUCAAACGAAAGUUUUUUAUUUUAUUGCCUUCUGUUUUUAUACACUGAUGCCAAAGUCAUCAACUGUAACACUGGACCUACUCUAUCUCCUCCAGCCUUAUUCCUAUACAUCCUGAUGUCUCUGUUUUUGUAAAUGAAAUUUUUUUUUUACUAUGCUAUAAACCGCGACUAUAUUAUUGUAUUUACGACACACUGUAGAAAAUUAUAGUCUCUCACUGUUAGUAAUGAUCUUUCCUUUGUGCCUCAAAGAUAAAACCAAGCGAAUCUGCUGUAUUUCUGUCCUCCUGGUAAUCCAGGAUGUAUUUUAGUUUAAAUAAACAUUGAUCAAAAAUGUG